UUAUACAUAAUAUAUAUCUCAGGCUUGCUAUGUGGUUUUUAGGUUUUUCUUUUGUUUUGUAAGAUCUGAUGGUUUUCUGUAUCGAUAUUGUUUUCUUUGUGUUUCAUCAACAUGGUUUUAAUUUAAUUUCUUGACUUAUUUGGAUACUCUUUUCUCAGAAAAUUCUUUAUCCAGGGACACUAAUCUACAUGGAUGACACGUAUCUUGUACAAAAAUGACCAUCUUCAACUUAUAUUCUAUUUUGUUCUUUAUUUUUCCCCCCCUUUUCUUUCUCCAAGAAAAUCAGUCACAGACGCACUUGACAUUUGUCGAGAAUAGAUUUGCUCUUGUCUAAUUUCAUGCACAGCUAUUAAUUAUCAGAUAAGUUACGUACUUUAUUUGAUCCCUUGUUUUGUACUCCAUUGAUCGGAAAUGUUAUUUGCAGUGAAGUUCUUUCUUUCUUUUCUAUAAUGUUACCUUGUCCAAGCACUACGCCAUAAUUUUUAACCUAUGCUCAUGGUGCAAUACAUAUAUUGAUCUUGCUAAAUUAACAAUAUAUAAAAUAAAUUAAAAACAUUCAAAAAUUCAUAUCUCUCUCUCUCGCUCUCUCUCUCUCUCUCUUAAAUCUCUGCAAAAGCAAAGGCGAUUUCUAGAUGAAAAUAUAUGGGAACUUGAAGUUUGAUUUAUGCCAACCAUCUGGACAUGUGUUUCAGAAGAUUCGAUGGGUACUUAACUACAGUUGUAUUAUUGUCUGCUUCAUAUGAGGAACCUCUUAAAAGUAAAGCCUAAUCUAACUGCAAACCCUACUGUCAAUAAGGGAACUCCGAUCCACCAGUUCUCUGGCGAAGCAGCUAGUCCUCUAUCCCAUGGAGAAGAUCCUUGAACGAUAUGAAAGGUAUUCUUAUGCUGAGAGGCAGCUCACAGCUGACCUUAAUUCACAGGAGAAUUGGACCCUGGAGUACAACAGACUCAAGGCAAAGGUUGAGCUUUUACAGAGAAACCUUAGGCAUUACAUGGGAGAAGAUAUAGACUCGUUGAGCCUGAAAGAGCUGCAAAACUUGGAGCAGCAGCUUGAAACUGCUCUCAAGCACAUUCGGACUAGAAAAAACCAACUAAUGUACGAGUCCAUCUCUGAGCUUCAGAAAAAGGAGAAGGCAAUACAAGAGCAAAAUAGCAUGCUAGCAAAGCAGAUUAAGGAGAAUGAGAAGGCAGUGGCACAGCAGGCACUCUGGGAGCAGCAUAACCAUGGAACUAAUAUGUCACCCUUCCUUCUGCCUCAGCCACCGCUCCCAUGUCCAAACAUUGGUGGCACUUACCAGGAAGAAGCACCAGAAGGGAGGAGGAACGAGCUUGACCUUACCCUGGAGCCAAUAUACUCUUGCCACCUUGGAUGCUUCACCACAUGAAAAUGGUGACAAAAGGGAAAGAUACAUAAUGCUCUAAUGGGUACUUGCAGGCCAUAAAGUUUUUGGCUUUUUAAUAUAGACUUGGAAACAUUGGCUAAGAUAAUUAACAAAAAAUAUCAGAAAAAUUGAUGUGACUAAGACUUGAUCAUCUUGGACGCUUUUGCAUAUAUCUAAUGUAACAAAUCUUCUAUCUUGA